AUGGCUGCUCGCUGGUCAACCUUGCUCACUGCGGCGGCAGCUCUGUGCCAGACGACGCUCGGGGAGCCCAUCUUACGCGAGGCCGUUUCGUUCCAAGGCCCCUUUGAAGUCGAGAAGAACGGCAUCCAGAACAUCAACAUUGACUACAAUGGCUCUCUGGACGGCGAGCUGUCUAUCGUCUACGGUGCCUGUGGCUUAAAGGCCCCCUUUGAAGCGCACCACAAGAUCGGCAGGACGCACAUCGGAUCGCACCCUGCCGCCAAGCGCCAUCUGGACUGGACCGACCAAAGGCCCACCAAGUUCGUCUGGCUGGUGCCAGAUGAUGUCUCCUCGGGUUGCCUGCACGCCUUUGUGGACGACCAGCUCGUCGGCCGCUCGGCGGAGCACGUCGUCAAGAGCCGCAAGGUCAGGAAGCGCGCGACCUUCGCCGAAGCCACGGACCCGAUGGGACCGUGGUUCGACGGCGUCGAGUACCUCAAGCAGAAGCAGCCCGACGAGGUGUUUGUCGCAUCAGUCAAGAACAAGACCUUUGGCAUCUUGGGCGCCGGCAUUUCCGGUCUGCACACCGGUCUGCUGCUCGACUCUGUCGGUAUUCACAACUGGAAGAUCCUCGAGUCCUCCGAGAGAAUCGGAGGCCGCAUUCGCACCACGUACCUGAACGGAUCAACACCUGACGAGCACCAGCACCACGAGCUUGGCCCCAUGCGGUUCCCGCACACCAUCCACGACGCCGAGACCAACGAGACGUACCCGAUCAACGACCAGAAGAUGAUCUACCAGCUGGCCGACGUGCUCAACGAGAUCAACGCCAACGCCGGCGCCGACCCUUCCCUCCAGGUCAAGUUCAUCCCGUGGAUCCAGGUCUCGGACAACGCCCCCGUCGCGACCAAGGAGCGGCGUCCGGACGGCACCGUCCCGGGCCGCAAGGAGAUCGCCGCCGACCCCUCGCUCAUGACCAACACGACCUACUCCAACGCCACGGCCGCCAAGGAGGCCAUCCAGGCCCUGGACGACUUCAAGGCCCUGACCCCCGAAAGGGCCAGGUUCUACGCGACCAACGUCUUCAAGGCGCACAAGGAGGCCGUCGAGACGGGCAUGUUCGACUUCUCCGAGGUCGAGUACCUGCGCCACGUCAUCGGGACGGACCUGAACGUGACGGACGAGGUGACGCCGUCCAACAUCGUCUGGCCCAUGUGGGAGUUCGAGACGGUCUACUUCCUCGCCAACGAGUGGCGCACCGUCGACGGCGGCAUCAGCCGCCUGCCCGCCGCCUUUGAGAACAUCAUCAAGGGCCGCAUCGCAUACAAGACCAAGGUCUUCAGCGUCAAGUACAACGAGGACGCCAACAGCCUCGACGUGACGUGGCGCGAGACGGGCAGCAACCCGUGGCUCCGGAACGCGACGACGACGGAGCGGUUCGACUACGUCUUCAACAGCGUGCCCUUCAACCUGCUCAAGUACUGGGAGCUGCCGCCGCACUCGAGCCUGAUGCGCCGCGCCAUCGAGCGCACCGUCUUCCUCGGCGCCGUCAAGGUCGCCAUGCAGUACAAGACGCGCUUCUGGGAGCACCUGGACCAGCCCAUCAUCGGCGGCUGCGGGCGCACCGACAUCUACGGCAUCGGCCAGAUCUGCUACCCGUCCUACAACAUCAACGGCACCGGGCCCGGCGUGAUGCUCACGUCGUACGCGCCCGACGCGGACGCCGUCGUCGGCUGCGCGAUGCCGGUCGAGGAGCACAUCGCCUACAUCCAGCGGGCCAUGGUCGAGAUCCACGGCCCCGUCGCCGACGAAAUGUGGACGGGCAACUACGAGCGCCACUGCUGGGAGCAGGACGAGCACCACGCCGGCGCCUUCGCCGUGCCCAUCGUGCCGCAGCAGCAGCUGUACCUCCCGGCCUUCUGGCAGACCGAGUUCAACACCGUCUUCAUCGGCGAGCACACCAGCUUCACGCACUCGUGGGUCUUUAGCGCGCUCGAGAGCUCGACCCGGGGCGCCGUGCAGAUGCUGCUCGAUCUCGGCCUCGUCGACGAGGCCAAGCAGAUCACGCGCACAUGGAUGGCGAGGUGGAUUAGUGUCUGA